AUGAUUCGACAUAUUCUUUCUUUAAGCAAGCGCAACUAAUCUUUUGGUUCGUCUAAAAAUAUUGUGGAUUUCUCUGAAUUUCUAGAGCGCAAUGUUUUAUCAUCGGCCCCUAAACAAAUAUCUACCGCAACAAUAAGAAACACAAAAGAAAGAGAGCACUAUUCAAAAUGUUUUGAUCGAACAGGAAAAUGUCAAGGAUGUGAAAAAAAUAAAAACUGGAAAAAAGAUGAAAAUCGCCUGACGAUAAGUGAAGCUAUUCGAGAAGCUCAAAGAUGUUUAAAAUGUACCGAUGCCCCAUGUUAAAAGGGAUGCAGUACAACAAUCGAUAUUAAAAGCUUUAUUUACAACAUAGAAAAAAAGAAUUGGUAUAAAACGGUUUAACUAUCUAUUAUAGGUAUGGAGCAGCAAAAGUGAUCUUAACAGACAACCCUCUAGGCUUGAGUUGUGGUUAAUUAUGUCCAAUUAGUGAAUUGUGUGCAAGAAAUUGUAAUGUAUCAACAAGUGAGAAGGGCGCUAUAAAGAUCAACAAGCUCUAAGAGUUCGCUGUUUCAAUGUUUAAGGUAUAUAAACUUAAUAACCAUCUAGGAAAUGGGUGUUAAAUAGAUUCGGGAUCCUAAAUUGCCAAAAAAUGAUCAUAUAGUAUUUGAUUCAUCCAUUGCUUUAAUUGGAGCUGGGGCAGCAUCAUUAUCAUGCGCUACAUUUCUAGGUAGGUUGGGAUAUAAAAAUAUAACUAUUUUUGAGAAGUAGCAACAUGCUGGAGGAUUAGUAGUAACAGAAAUUCCCAUGAAUCGAUCUCCAAUUGAUGACAUCAAUUGGGAAAUUGAAUAAGUGAAAUAGUUAGGAAUCAAAUUUGUAUUUGGGAAAGAAUUAGGAAAGGACUUCACUAUAGAGUCAUUAAGAAAGGAGGGAUAUGAAUGUGUAUUCCUUGGAUGUGGAUUGAAUGAACCUAAAAAGGGAUUAGGAAAUGUAUAUUAAUAAAGCCACAUUUUAAAUUCCAAGACCUUUUUGCCCAAAGUUAAUAGAGCUGUCAAGCAAGAUAAAGAUGUAGAUGCUACUCCAAAACUCUCAGGACAUGUUAUAGUAUUAGGUAUAGGAGACACAGCAUUAGAUUGUGCUAGAUCUGCUUACAGAUGUGGUGCUGAAAGAGUUAGUGUUAUAUUUAGAAGGGGAUGGUAAGACAUCAGAGCAAAUGAUGAAAUUUUGAUUCCUUCAAAGAAUGAAGGUAUUAACUUCAUUCCUUAUGAACAACCAAUUUAAUUAAUAGAAGUUGGUGGAAAAUUCAAAUAAAUUGAAUUAGAAUAAAAUCUUCCAAUCAAUAAUGAUCCUUAUAAUUUACAAUAUAAAGUCACAGGAGAGAAAACAAGAAUGAGUUUCGAUUAUUUGAUUACUGCCUUUGGUUCAGAAAUAUAAAAUAAAGAAUUAGAAUAAUUUAUAAACUAAAAGAAUGGAUUUGUUUAGAUUAAUGAAUAACAUUAAGUAAAAGGAUAUGAUUGGUUAUAUGCAGGUGGGGAUGCUGUUGGUGUAGCUAAUUUAGUUGAUGCAGUCAAUGAUGGUAAAACAUCCUCUUGGUAUAUUCACAACUUUUUAUAAAAUAAAUAUUCAAUCUAAAAAUUAACACCAGAUCAUCUGCCAUCUUACACUACAGAAAUUGAUAAUAUAGAUCUUAGUAUUAAUAUACUUGGAGUUAAUUUCCAGAAUCCUUUUGGUUUAGCUUCAGCACCACCUACCACAUCAUAUCCAAUGAUAAAAAGAGCAUUUUAGGAAGGAUGGGGUUUUGCUGUUGUAAAGACAUUUGUUUUAGAUAAAGAUGCUAUAACAAAUGUAUCUCCAAGAAUAUAUAAAAGCACUACAGAUCCACUCAAAUAGGAUCCAGGAUAUGCUAAUAUUGAAUUAAUUAGUGAGAAAUCUGCCAAAUAUUGGUUAGAAGGUAGUAAAUAGAUUAAAAAGGAAUUCCCUAAUCAUGUACUUAUUGGUAGUAUUAUGUGUUAACAUAUUGAAAAAGAUUGGAGAGAAUUAACUAGAAAAUGUAAAAAUGAAGCUUAAUUUGAUAUGCUUGAAUUAAACCUAUCUUGUCCUCAUGGAAUGACUGAAUUAGGUAUGGGUAGAGCUUGUGGAGAAAAUCCAUAAAUAGUUAAAGAUAUUUGUUAAUGGGUUACUUCUGAAAUUGACAUUCCAGUUAUUGUUAAAAUUACUCCCAAUUAUCCAGAUUCUGCUGUUAUUGCCUAAGCUGCCAAGGAAGGAGGAGCUAAAGCAGUUACAUUGACUAAUACUUUUCCAACUUUAAUGGAUCCAGAUCCUCUAGGUACACCUUGGCCAGCUGUUGGUGAAGAAAAUAAUGUUACUUAUGGUGGUGGAUGUGGAUCUAUGUUGAGACCUAUUGCCCUAAGAAAAACAUCAGAAGUUGCUAAAGCUAUCCCAGAUCUUACAAUUUUUGGAAGUGGUGGUAUUAUUUAAGGGGAUCAUGCUCUCUCGUUUCUCAGAUAUGGUGCAUCUGCUUUUCAAAUUUGUUCAGCUGUUUAAGAUCAAGAUUUCGCAACAGUUCUUUAUGAUCUCAAAACUAGUCUACAGGCUCAUCUUUAUGCUUCAUAAAACUUAAAUUAAAAAUAAUGGAAAGGACAAUUCCCUUCAACUUCAAAACCUGCUUAUGGAUUUAGUUCUAAUAAUAAACUAAAGAAUUUAGUUGGAACUGGAUUACAUCACAUCAAAGAUAUUGCUGACAUGAAAAGAGAAGACUUUUUGAUUCCUAAAAUUCAUGAAGAUUCAUGUUUGAAAUGUGGAAGGUGUUAUUUAACAUGUUUGGAUUCUGGCUAUUAAGCUAUUAAGUUUGAUAAUUUUAAUUCUUUUCCAACUAUUAUUGAAGAAUUAUGCACUGGUUGUGCACUAUGUCAUGCAGUAUGUCCUGUUGAAGGUUCAAUAUCUAUGGAGAUCCGAGCGACAGACAUUGUUGUUAAUAGAGGAAUUCCAUUAGAUAAAGAACCUGAAGGUCUAAUCAAUCACAUUCCAAGUAGAAAAAAAUGA